CCGAGUCGGGACAAGAACAGAUGUGUUUGUUUUUUUUUUUUUUUGGGAAAUAAGAACAGAUGUAACAACAAGGACCAGCAAUUUGUUUGAGUGGGAAAAAAAACACAAGUGCGACGGUACACAAGCCACAGGCAAACGACUACGGUAGCCAUAAAAAGAGGAAGAAUCCGAGGGAGAAUGAGGAAGUGGAAGAGAGAAAUUCAGAAUACUGCGGUGGUGGAAGAGAGUGGCCAAGCGAAGACGAAGCAGAGGUUGAAUUGUUGACGUCCCCGGCGCGUUCUUUCCACAGCACAUUAAUUUCGUUGCGAGGGAGGGAGGGAGGGGUGGGGCGAGAGUGAGGGCAUAUAUACCCACUGGAGGACUUGGGCGUUUCUGGAUGUCUUGAAAUUGGUAGAAACGAAGGGGUAAGAGAAAGCGAAGGGCGUCGGGCGAAGGGAGGCGCAGCUUUUUAUCUCGUCGGAUAAGGUCGGAGGAGGAGAUCGGAUAAGAACGGGAUAGGGAUAGUUGUUUUGGAUAGGCAACCCGAUCGGGAUAGUUUUGGAUAAGGGAGAAGGUAAUCGAGAGAAGGCAGGCGGAGGUUUUAACAUCGGUUUAAAGAUCGGGAUCAGGUAAGAGAGGAUAAGAUCGGGACAGUGUUGAGGCCGAGCUUUUGACAUCGGGUUAAGAUCGAGAUCCGUGUAUGGUCGGAUAAGAUCUCGAUCGGGACACUGUUGCAUAAGUUAGCAGGGAGUUGGGGACGCAGGCGAGCGUGAUCUCGCUUCCCUCGGCUACUAGGAAGGGGGGGGGGGUGGAGGGGGAAGAAGAAGGAAGGAAGGAAAGGGAGGUAGAGGAGAGAAAAAGGAGGGUGGGGGGUCGAAUUGUCGAGGGCUGAGAGUGGCUGGGUGUCGAUAGUCGAUCAGCGUCACAGCGAUGGCGGCGGCGACGGCGUUUUCGGCGGGCUCGCGGCAUGCGGUCAGGGGUCUGAUGAGGAGAGCAAUUUCACGUUUGAGUGCUGUUUCUGCCGACAUCUCCUCCUCUUCCAGCGGCUCGUCUCCAGGAAUGUCAGCAGGCAACAGUCUCAUUCCUCCCAACUUCAAGGAGUUUCUCGGGGCGCGAACAAGGACACCGGCAAUCAAUGUUGUCCCGAUGCCGCCUCAGAGGAGCACAUAUCGCACAUAUCGGAGCCAGGCUGCUGGAACAACGGUUACCAAAGAGAAAGUCCACGAAAUGUUCUGCUUUCAGUGUGAACAAACAAAGGAUGGCGUUGGGUGCACAACGGUUGGGGUAUGCGGUAAAGACCCGAAGACAGCUGCGCUGCAGGACGUCCUUCUGCACUCCUUGAAAGGUCUUUCCCAGUAUGCAGUACGCGCAAAGGCAGAGGGCAUUUCUGAUCCAGAGAUGGACAGCUAUGUUCAGGAGGCAAUUUUUGCGACGCUGACAAAUGUCAACUUCGAUCCGAAAGCCAUCCAGGAGUUCAUCAACACGACAAUUGCUCAUCGUGAGAAUAUAAAGGCCAAGUAUGAGGCAGCAUGCCAGAGAGCAGGUAGACAACCAGAUAUGUUGGACAAUGCGUUCACGAAAUUCCUCCCUUCCGGAGAUGUUGAUGCUCUAGCACAGCAAGGAACACUGCUGGGACUCGACAUGAGGAGAGCUGGACUGAACGAAGACAUCUUUAGCCUGCAGGAAUUGCUUACCUAUGGAAUCAAAGGGAUGGCUGCAUAUGCAGCUCAUGCCCACGCAGUGGGGGAGGCCGAUGCGAAGAUUGGUGGAUUCAUACAUGAGGCGUUCGACUACAUCAGCAAACCGACAACAGAGCAAACACUAGAAGAACUCUUGGCCCUCUGUCUCAAGUGUGGCGAAGUCAACAUGACGGCUAUGGAGAUUCUCAAUAAGGGCCACAUUCACAAUUUCGGCACGCCCGAGCCGACAAAGCUGCGGACAACGCCUGUCAAGGGGAAAUGCAUUCUGGUCUCUGGACACGAUCUCAAGGACCUUUAUGAGCUUCUGAAAGCAACUGAAGGAAUGGGAAUCAAUGUGUACACACACGGCGAGAUGCUACCAGCACACGGAUACCCUGAGGACACGCUCGUAAUGACUCUGGCAUGCGGAAAGUAUCGAUUUAACAAGCAGUUCGACUCUUUCGGUACCCUGGAAGGCUCAGAUCUUCCGCGCUUGAUGGACAUUGGGCAGUGUAAUGAUGCCUACUCUGCUAUUCGUAUUGCGGCUGCGCUUGCACAAGCGAUGAACACAGAUAUAAACUCGCUGCCGCUGUCCAUGGUGUUGUCGUGGUUUGAGCAAAAAGCUGUGGCGGUGUUGUUGACGCUGCUUCAUUUGGGGGUACAGAACAUUCGGAUUGGGCCGAAACUCCCGGCGUUUGUUUCUCCGAACAUUCUGAACAUCAUCGUUGAAAAAUACAAGCUGACUCCGAUUUCCGGACCAGAGUUUGUCGAAGACGAUAUCCGUGCCAUGCUGAGCCUUUCCUCGUCAAGUGGGGCUGCAAAAGCAGCAGCUUCGGCGUCGCCAGUAUAGAUUGCAUUGCAUGUGAGUUGGGAGACGGCCGGGUAACGUGGUUAUCCGAGCAGCCAAGAGUUUGGUCCUUGGUAGGGCCACGGUGGCAGCAUUUGCAUGCAUGGAAUGCCAGUUGGUAGAUGGCCGGGUAAGGUGGGUAUCCGAAGAGGCCAAGAUCUUCGGUCCUUGGUAGGUUGAAAUACUUGACGUCAAUGGCAUUCAGCAAGACCGGCAUUCAAAGCCUCGCAGAAUCCGAAGUCGGAAGGAGAGGAAGAAGAAGACGAAGAAGACGGAAGGAGAAGGAGAAGAGGGCAGGAGAAGAGGGAGAUGAAAAAUUUGGAACGCGACUUCUCAAGGAGUAAAGAACAACGCGAAGUAACUGCUGAAUGGAUGCAGGGCAUCCGUGCGGUGUACGACCCAAAACACUUGGUAGGGCCACGGUGGCUGCAGGCUGCAUCGGAUCGAUAAGAAUACUUGUGUUUUUUUUCAUUGCAGGCUGGCUGCACCGGAUCGAUAAGAAUACUAUUAAAUCGACGAGGAGGAUCUGCCGAGAAGUUCGGUCUCUCCUUUUUCGGAAAGGGUCCAGAGCCAAAGCUUCCGAGACAACUUUUAAAAAAAACAUUUUUAAAUUUUAACUUCUCCCGAUUUUGGAAUUUUCGGAGUCGGAUUUGACAGCCUACUGAGAGAAUACUGGGGUUAUGAGUAUAGUCCAGGAUCUUUUUGGGGGGAUUGUCUUUUUUUUUUUACUUGGGGGGUGGGGUUAAGGUCUUAUCUGGUAUCCGACGUAUUUUGUUUCGUGUUUUUUUUGCAAGGUGUGACAUACGGUACGGCUAUAAAUCGGAUGUACCGCAGCAGAAGAUCCCUCUUUGGACGUGGAUUUCUGGUUGCGGUACCAAAUGUGUUCAUCUGCUGCUAUCAAUUGUCGGAAGGAAAGUGGUGCGAACGGAAGAACUGGAGAUUCCGAAGCGGAACGAUCGGUUUGUUGUUGAAGAUUAGUUCAAGUUGUUGUUGUUGUUGUUAUUUGUUAUAUGAUGUAACAUGUCUUUACGUCAACAUGUCUUACUUGUUUGAGGAAUAUGUUUUCCUGUUUUGGUACGAUAAGCGUUGUCACGACCAUUUACUUCUGCCUCUGGUGAGAGCAAUGGAUGACGUUAGAGUACACAGAAAUCGCUACUUGAUUUGUAUUCUUGGUAGUACCUGGUACACAUUUCGUUCUUUCCUCGUGGUUUUUGGUAUAUUUCUCGUGUUCCUGGCCCCUUCUGGAUAACCCAUUUCAGUUCCUUGUAUGCAAUCGAUUUUCGCAUUGCUGAGUCAUUGAUGAGCAAAGAGGUGUACUGAAUCAUGGCCUUCUUCCGAGUACACAGAAAUCGAUACUUGAUUUGUAUUCUUGGUAGUACUUGGUACACAUUUCUUUCUUUCCACGUGGUUUUGGGUAUAUAUUUCUCGUAUUCCUGGCCCCCUUCUGGAUAACCCAUUUCAGUUCCUUGUAUGCAAUCAAUUUUCGCAUUGCUGAGUCAUUGGUGAGCAAAGAGGUGUACUGAAUAAUGACUAUCUUCUUCCCUCAAUACAACGUACGGGCAUUAUAUAGCUGUAUUUAAGACUGAAAGAUACUCCAAAUACAGCUAUAAUGUUUUUGCGAAAAAACUAGCUUGGUACGGAUAGAGGCAGUACAAGUUUCUGUCUUCAUCCUGACAGCUGACAAGCAAGAAGAACGAAAAAAAAGAAAGGUGGUGAUGAGGAAGAUGAACUCUGCGGUGGAUGAGGCAGAAGAAAUUCCGGGGUGCUGAGGAAGAUGAACUCUGCGGUGGAUGAGCAACGGAAGAAAUUCCUGCGAAAACAAAUGUGAGGACGUAUG